AUGGCCAGACUUGGCCCCCUGCUUGACGAGAUCACCACAAAUGACGUUGCGGCCAAUGAGCCUCUGCCACCACCACCAAGAAGAAAGCCAGGGAGACACCCGGGGAGACGAACUGUUAAUGCUAGCCCGCUACAAGGUGCAAGCUCCAAGAAGAGGCUAGCAAGCGUUAAACCCCAUGUCUGUCGCAGGAAGCUUACAGAUGGGAAAGAUAAAACAGAUAAAGCUAAUAAAAGGCAGAGGAAGAACAAAGACUCAACUAGCGACGGGAUUCCGCGUGAUCAAGAAGGGACAACCUCAGAGAACCUUCCUAUCUGGCACGGAGCUGGAGGCUUGGCCCUCUUCUGGAAACAAGAGCUUCACCUGAAGAUUUUAGAUUCUAGUCCAAAUGUAAUCGAUACUAUCAUUGUAUUUGAAGGGAAAAAGUUCUACUCUUUUUUCGUGUAUGGAAACACUGAUAAAAAGCUAAGACAAAACUUGUGGGAUCAUCUCCUUGGCUUAGCUCUGUCUCGGGAAGAUGCUUGGUCUGUUACAGGUGACUUAAAUGACAUAUUGAGCAAUGACGAAAAGAAUGGAGGAUCAAUACGACUGGAAGGAUCCUUCUCGAGCCUCAGAACUUUCUUCUCCGAAGCAGACCUCUUUGAUCUCCAACAUACCGGAGACCCUUUGUCUUGGAUGGGUAAACGAGGAAACGAUGUCGUCCGGUGUAGACUGGACAGAGCGGUCGCAAACACUCGAUGGGCUGAGUGCUUCCCCUCGGCUCGAUGUCAAUAUCUUGGUUUCGAGGGCUCUGAUCAUAAACCACUCAUAUCUCUGUUGAUAAAGGUGGGAGAAGAAGGCGAGGCAAAGAAGAUUGUUGCAGACGCUUGGAUAAGCGACCCUUUCUCUACCGUUACCGAAAAACUAGUGACUGCUAGGAGUGCAAUCUCAGCUUGGAACCACACUCAACAGCAAAAUAGCAUGAAGAUAAUUGAGCAGAAGCGGGAAGAAUUGAAUGCGGCUCUCUCUAGGCCUGUGGAGGACACAUCGUUAAUCCAAGAAAUUUCGACUCAACUAUCAGCAGCUUAUGCAGCAGAGGAAGAGUAUUGGAAACAGCAAAUUAGGCUUCUCUGGCUCAAUCUGGGUGAUAGGAACACAUGA